AUGCCACCAGACAACCACCAAGACAAGCUACCCGACUCCACGAUGCGGAUAAGUGAAGAGGCCAACCAGAGUGCCACUUCAGACGGCAAAAGAAAUGGCCCCUCCGAAGAGCCCAAGGGCGGCAUGGGUGGCUACCUGCGCAUAUUCCAGUAUACCGACAGGAUUGGUUGGAUGUUUAACAUAGUCGCGUUUAUCGCGGCUAUUGCUGCGGGAACAUUACUCCCGCUCAUGGAUCUAAUUUUUGGAAAAUUCGUUUCAACCUUCAUCGGGUUUGGCACUGGCACUGUCACACCCGCAAAGUUUCGUUCUGAAAUAAACAAGUACACCCUGUACUUCAUAUACCUCUUUGUUGCCAAGUUUUUCUUGGUAUACAUUCACUCGCCUUUUGUAUCCAUCGCUGCUAUACGCACCACCAAGGCACUGCGCUACGACUUUAUCAAACAUGUUCUCAGGCAGAACGUGGCCUACUUUGAUUCAGACGAAGCGGCUUCCGUCACAACGCAAGCUACUAGCAACGGGAACAAUGUCAACAACGGUAUCUCUGAAAAGCUGACGCUCACGAUUCAGGGCGUGUCGACCUUUGUGUCGGCUUUCGUUGUCGCCUUCGCCGUACAGUGGAAGCUCACUUUGAUAACCAUUAGCAUCGUCCCCACCAUUAUCGUCGUCACCGCCGUCUCUAUUGGCAUCGACACCAAAAAUGAGAACAAACUGCUCCCAAUCUACUCGAGGGCCGGACAGCUUGCAGAGGAAGUCUUCUCGACAAUCCGCACAGUCCAUGCUUUCUGGCUGCACCCUCUCUUGUCGAGCAAGUACGAUAAAAUCCUGGGCGAUGCCAUGGAUCUAGGCAUGAAGAAGUCUCCCAACUAUGCCGUCUUGUUCUCGAUUGAGUUCUUCUGUAUCUACAGCGGCUAUGGCUUGGCGUUUUGGCAAGGUAUCCGAAUGUUUGCUAGGGGUGAGAUUAAACAGAGUGGCAGCGUUUUCACCGUCAUUAUGGCUGUGAUUGUCGCGGCUACCGCAAUGACGGCAAUUGCUCCCCAAGUCAUAGCUUUAACAAAAGCAUCCGCAUCCGCAGAGGAGCUUUUUAAGACGAUUGAUCGAAAAUCCGAGAUUGAUCCCUUGAGCGAAGAGGGCAAGAUACCUUCUGAGUGCAAGGGUGUCAUCGAGAUCAAAGACGUCAGCUUUGCGUAUCCAGCAAGGCCCGAUACUACAGUGCUGAACGGGCUGGCCUUGUUAGCUCCUGCAGGUAAAACUACAGCGCUGGUCGGAGCUUCUGGUAGCGGAAAGUCUACCAUUAUCGGCUUGAUGGAACGCUGGUAUGAUCAAGCUCAUGGUACGAUUUAUCUUGAUGGCACCGAUAUCAGACAGUUGAACCUUACCUGGCUACGGACAACCAUCCGUCUCGUCCAGCAAGAGCCGGUUCUCUUCUCUGGCACUGUAUACGACAACAUCGCCUUUGGGCUUUUUGGUACCGACAAGGCCAAUCUUCCCCAAAGUGAGCAGCGGGCGCUGGGCUACGACACACAACUCGGCGAACGCGCUGCAAAUCUCUCAGGCGGCCAGAAGCAACGCAUCGCGAUUGCGCGCAGCAUCGUUUCAGAGCCAACUGUUCUACUGCUAGACGAAGCCACCAGCGCGUUGGACCCGAAAGCUGAGAAGAUUGUGCAGCAAGCUCUGGAGCAUGUUUCCCAAGGCCGAACCACAAUCGUCAUCGCGCAUAAGCUCUCCACCGUACGCAACGCAGACAACAUCGCUGUCAUGGCUAGCGGCGCUAUCAUAGAGCAAGGGACACACGAUGAGCUUCUCGCCAAAGACGGAGCAUACGCGCGUCUCGUUAAAGCUCAGGACCUUGGCCAGAAUCAGAGCGAAGAAGAGCACGUCGACCAAGACCCCGCCCAAGAAAAGAUCGAUCUCGUUCGCACACAAACACAAGCGUCCGCUAUGAACCGAGAUGUUGAACAACCGGGCAAGGAUGGCAUCAAAUACAACUUGGUCAAAUGCUCUUACCUGGUCCUCAAAGAACAGAGUGAUCUUUGGGUAAGCCUUCUCGUCUUAGCAGUCGCCAAUAUCGUCGCAGGAGGAACGUUUCCUGCCCAGGCCGUACUGUUUUCACGCGUCGUCGAUGCCUUCCAGUUACCUGCCGACCAAGCCGUAGAGCAGGGUGACUUCUAUUCCCUAAUGUUCUUUGUUGUUGCUCUUGGCAAUUUGGUUGCAUACUGUGCCGUCGGUUGGUCGAGCAACGUUGUAGCCCAAGUGAUUGCACGGAAAUUCCGACGCGAAAUAUUCGAUUUGGUCCUCAGGCAAGACAUGGCCUUCUUCGACGACCCGAGCAACGCCAGUGGCGCAAUCGUUUCGAGGCUGUCAGCAUACCCUGACAACUUGCGCGAUCUCAUGGGCUUUAACUUGAUGCUUAUUCUGAUCAAUAUUGUUAAUGUCCUGUCAAGCUCCAUCCUUGCGAUUGCUGUGGGGUGGAAGCUUGGUCUUGUGGUGGUCUUUGGUGCCCUACCGCCGAUUGUAUUUUCUGGCUAUCUCCGGAUCAGGCUUGAAUUCAAACUCGAAGAUCUGACUGGGGCGCGUUUCGCUCGCAGCGCAGCCCUUGCUUCUGAAGCUGUCUCCGCCAUUCGCACCGUAUCCAGUCUCGCACUCGAGCGGCACAUCCUAGCGCAGUAUGAGAAUUGUUUGCGGCCCGUCGCAAGAGAUAGCAUCAAGGCUCUGAUAUGGACCAUGUUCUGGUAUGCACUCACGCAGUCCAUCUCGUUUCUAGCAAUGGCUUUGGGCUUUUGGUACGGUGGCCGCCUCAUCAGUACCGGCGAGUACACGACGGGGCAAUUCUUCACCGUCUUUAUCGGCGUGAUAUUUUCUGGAGAAGCAGCUGCAGGGUUCUUCUCGUAUACGACAAGUCUGACCAAGGCGGCGACCGCGGCAAACUACGUUUUCUGGCUGCGAAGGCUGAAGCCUGCCGUGGAGCAAGAUGCAUCAAGACCACCUUUCGAAGACGAAAAGGACAAGGGUCCGGCGCACAUCGGGGUUCAGGAUGUUGCGUUUGCGUACCAGUCUCGGCCACACGCCAAAGUUCUCGAAGGUAUCAACGUCGAUGUACAGCCCGGCCAGUUCAUCGCCUUGGUGGGCGCAUCUGGCUGUGGCAAGUCGACAAUGGUAUCCCUUUUCGAGCGGUUCUAUGACCCGAUUACCGGAAGCAUAACGUGUGACAAGCGGUCGUUGACGGAACUCUGUCCCCGCAAAUAUCGCCGCCAUGUUUCGCUGGUCCAACAAGAACCGGUACUAUACCAAGGCUCAGUGCGUGACAAUAUAGCCAUGGGAAUGGAGGGAGACGCCAUGGAUGCGCAGGUGGAGAAGGCGGCCAAGCAAUCCAACAUAUUUGAUUUUGUCAAAUCGUUACCCGAGGGUUUCGCAACAAUGUGUGGCAGCAGAGGCACGCAGCUGUCAGGAGGACAACGGCAACGUAUUGCAAUAGCUCGGGCGUUGAUACGCGAACCGCGCCUACUCCUUCUCGACGAAGCCACAUCCGCGCUUGACACGGAGUCUGAGCGGGUGGUGCAAUCAGCACUCGAGGAGGCGCAGAGCGGGCGUACCACGGUCGCGGUGGCGCACCGUCUCAGUACCAUCAAAGACGCCGACACCAUCUUCGUCUUCGCCAAGGGGAGGAUUGUGGAAAGCGGAACACACCAGGAGCUGCUAUGUCGGUGGCGGAAACGGCGUCCAGAAAGCAGGCCGGCUGCGCUGUAG